AGUUACUCUGCUGGGAAGUGGAAACCCUCUCAGAAGGAGGUGUGACUCAGCUGUGGAUAGAGGAGCAGCUCCUUCACGUUGGAGACGUGGAUCAAUCAAAGAACUGAGCUGAGUUGAUUUCAGCAGAAAGACUGAAGGACUUAGCAACUGAUGGAAAUUCUUGUUAGAUGUCUGGAAAUCUGAUCUACUGAUUUAAAGUUCAUCGGAUCGGUUGGAGGAUUGGAAGCCACAUCAACUGGUUUCAAGUCUAAGUGAUUAGUUCAACUCUUUUUGAUUCUGACUUGACGCCUCCUUUACUGACUUGGCACGUGAUUGGUUGAGCUGGAAAUCCUAAUUGACUUGAUCGACUGAUUGGAAGCCCACCGGUUGAUUGAUCGGGAAGCCAGAGUCUGUUUGGUUGGCAUCAAGAUGAGCGGAGCUGAGGAGGUGGUUUGUGAAGGCUGGCUGCGAAAAUCACCACCAGAGAAGAAACUACGACGCUAUGCGUGGAAGAGGCGUUGGUUCGUGCUGCGAAGUGGACGGCUGUGCGGGGAGCCGGACGUCCUGCAGUAUUACAAGAACCCACAGUCCCGCCGACCAAUCAGGACCAUCAACCUGAACCUGUGUGAACAGGUGGAUGCUGGCCUGUCAUUCACAAAGAAGGAGCUGGAGAGCAGCUUUGUUUUCGACCUGAGGACGGAGGAGAGGACCUGGUACCUGGUGGCUGAGUCUGAGGAGGACAUGAACCGCUGGGUUUCCUCCAUCUGCCUGCUCUGUGGCUUCAACCCGACCGACGACGUUCCAGAGAGACCUCCUGUUUCUGGUUCGUCCUCCGUCACAGCGACCCCAACCGGUGCUGCCAUCACCACGGUAGCAGGGUCAGUCCCACCACCCUAUGAUCCAGUGAGUGUGCGAAACCUGGAGCACGACGGCAGCACGGAAGAAGAUUACCUUUGGCUGUCGCACUGCCAGAGUCACAUCAGGCCUUUAGGUUCCUCCAUCUCUCUUGAAACCGACGACAACGACAACCUCUACCCCCCUCCCUCCGCCACCUCCUCCUCUUCUUCCUCUUCCUCAUCUCCUUCCCUUCUUCCCAACGGCCUCCCAGUGCCAUCCUCCUCCUCCCCUUCCUCUGGGUUUAGGACAGCCCCCUGGGCAUCUUCCCCCAUGACAGGCCCUUUCAGCCAGUCACUGGACACCAGCAUGACCUUUGACUUCCAGAAACGAGCCAACAGACCUAGAUUUCACCCAUCUCCUCAUCCCAGGAAGCACUCUCUUGAUUUCCACCUUCGACCCAUGCCGUUACCUCUCAGGGACGACCCACAGUCUGCUUUGCAUCAAUCACAGACCACCAGUGGUUACCAGAUCCCCCGUGCGGUGUCCACACCGCAGCAACGUCAACCCCAUCGCCCAUCCUCUACCCCAAGCGUGGACUCUCCAACCCAGGCGGAGCUUCACGCUUCCACCCCAACUCCUCCUCCACGACCCCCGAAGCCCCCAACCAUCGCAGAGAGCUCAGCUGUGGGCACGCUACCCCGAUCCAGUUCAGAGCCAGAGAGAAAGGAUGGAUGUGUGGAGGGUGGAGGUCUGCCAAGGAGUAACACUAUCAGUAACAUGCUGGGACGCUCACAAACAGGUUUUGACUCUGUUUAUAUCCAUCGGCCUCGGUCUGAGAGAGCGAGCAUGUUUGAGUUCAGCGAGAGCUUCAACAGUUAUUUUUUUAAUAAAGGCAUGGUACCUCUGGGCAGUGUUUGCUGUGAAGAUGAGGAUGUGGAUGAAAACUAUGUUCCCAUGAGCGCUGCCACCACUGAACCUCCUGUUGCACCAAGGGUGCAUCCUGACCCCUCGGCCCAACUCCAGGAUGGCAACUACGUCCCUAUGACCCCCGUCACCCCUUCCCUUCCUCAUCAUCCAACCCCUGCCACAGGUGACUUGGCAUCCCUGGGGAGGCAAGUCCCACCACCUGCCCACAUGGGUUUUCGUAACUCCCCCUUGACUCCGGUCUCUCCCCUCACCCCACCGCUCCGGAGGAAUACCACUGGCGGAGCAGAGAUCGAAGCCAUGCCACCUCCAAUCCACCGCAACCUGAAACCGCAACGCAAAGGAGUUUCUGGCGGUCAGCCUGCAGAGAGAACAGACGUCCAGACCGCUGGAGACUCGACACACAAAUCAAGAGUGAAACCAGCUCCUCUGGAGAUCACUCCGAUGCCGCAGGACUGGCAGGAGGUCCCACCCCCUGUACGCUCGCCUGUCACACGAACCUUCACGCGAGAUCCAUCCUGUCGUCGGACAGUCAGGCCGACUUCGGCUCACAGCUCGUCCCCAUCCUCCGAUUCUGAUGAACUUGAUGAGAGCUAUGUCGCCAUGACGACCUCCAAUCUCAGUUUCAGCGCCGGAGAGCAGUAUCUAAGGCUUAUGAUGCACCGGGCAUCAGAGGGCGGCUUCACCAGCCCGAUGCUACGGCGAGCCAUCGGCGACAAACAGGUGGAGUACCUGGACCUGGACCUCCACACUGGCCGAUCAACACCAACAAAACAGCAGAAACGCUGCACAGCGGGAGGUGGAAUCGGCGGGAACACACCUGCCGGAGCCGGCGAGGGGCAUGCGCGGGGCGGGCGGACACGCGUGGACUAUGUGGUGGUGGAUCCAAAAAGAACAAAGGCCCUGAGGAACACCAGAGAAGCAUGGCAUGAUGGGAGGAUGUCCACAGAGAAGGAGAAGUGCUAGAAGUGCAUGAAAACACACACACACACACACAAGCCUACUGUUUGAAGAAGCUUCUUAACCAACACUGAGAAAAGUAAUUCACGUGUUCUGUACGUCCUAAAAUGUUCAUGCUCAGCUUGUCAACACAAUUCCUAGUCGAGGUAAUCUUAUUGUGUGCUGUGAGGAGAGUUUUUGUGUAUAGAAAAUGUUGGUCAGUUGGUGAUGCAAAGAGAAAUGAUAAGACAUGCAUCAACAGUAUGGUUAACUCAAUUCUACACCAACAUGUUAUCAAGUAACGUUAGCAUCGAUCCAGCUUCACUUCAACUCCACCGACUAAAAUUUAAGUUAACCGACUUCACAGGUUUGAUACCUGUCAGCGUAAGGUAAAUCCAACAGCAUCAAACCAAUCAUCAGCUAAGAGUUCUGUUAUCUUCUUUUAUCACGUGAUGUAGCAAAAAAAUGAUGUCGGACCGUGCGACCAAUCAGAUGUUCUGUAGACUAACGAAUCGGAACGACAGCCGUGUCAAAUAAUUUCCGUCCACGCGACGGAUGUAACGUUACUGCUGAAUAAUUUCAUAAUGAUUUAUUUCUGUGAGGAGAAAAUGUGAUUGUAGUCGUGACUGUUGAACAGCGAAUAAAUGAAUAAACACUACAAAU